AUGACUACAGGACUGCUUCGAGUAUGGUUCGAGCCUCAUGAUUCCGUCGACGAGGAUAGCUUCAACGAAUGGAGGAAAUCGGCGUUUUCCCAAAUCCUUGGACUUUCUAGCGUCGACAUUUUGACCAGCAAGGACAAAAUCGAGGGUCCCAACAUUUACCCGUACGAGAACGCCUACCACGUAAACGAUAUUCAUGCCAUCGACGAAGCAUUGGUCAAUACCCUUCGUACAUCCGCCGAAAGAGUCCUUAGGCGCAGCGAUUGGCAACUUUAUGAACGGAUCUCUUAUGACAAGCGCGACGAUGUCGGAGAGCGCUUGCCUGGAACAGUCUUUGUCACGGUCGGAAUGUCACCAAUUGACUCGUCGGAAAAUAUCACCGACUAUCAUGAAUGGUACAAGCAGGAACAUAUGCCAAUCCUGAGAGAUGUGCCUGGGUGGCGCAGUGGUAGCCGGUACAGGCGUCUGGCUUCCUAUGGAGACCAUGCUGAGUUCUCUUCGCCGUUUCUAGCGGUCCACCAAUACAACGAACAAAAUGGUCUUGGUGGCGAGCAAUGGUCCAAAUCUGUAAAUUCACCAUGGACAAAGCGAGUUUUGUCAAAUUUGGCUGAGCCAAGCCAUAGACGAGUUUGGAGAUUGGCAUUUUAG